CUCAGCCCUCCCAGGCCUUGCUCUGUUUGUCCGGGAGCGUCGUUCCCGUGCAGGGGUCUGUAAAGCGGGGAGAAGCGGACGACGCGUCUCAGAGAGGUUGUCUCGGUCUCGUGUCCUGUGUGGGGCUGGCGGGGCUGCAACUUGCCUAGGCUCCGAAGUUCAGGGGCAGAAGAGUGCCAGACUUCCGUGUUUCUCAAAUAAUUUUCAUCUAGUUUGUAGUUUGGGGCUUUCUAGAAUGAAAUGCUGAGCAUUUAAGGUAGGCCUGUGGAAGAUCUGGGGACUAGAAUGCAGGAGAACGUGAUGUGUCCAGCUCCAAAUGUGAAAAAGUAGCCAUCGUGAACGGGCAUCACAAAAUGGAUACUUUGGGCAGCCUCCUUCCUCCCGUGGUUGGAAAUGGUGAUGUGGCCAAUUCCCAAGAGUUGCAAAAACUUCUGAUUGAUGAAAAAAUGCGCUGUGAACACCAUAAAGCAAAUUAUCAAACUAUAAAGGCAGAACAUUUAAGAUUACAGGAAGAGUAUACAAAAUCCCAAGAUGAACUGAAGCGAUUGCUGGUUGAAAAGCAGGCUGUACAUGACAAAUUCCAGCUGCUUCUUGCAGAAUACAGAGAGGAGUUGCUGGGUAAAACACAAGAGUUGGAAAAACUGAAGAUGCAGGUGCUAACUCCCCAAAAAUUAGAGCUGCUAAGAGCACAAAUACAACAGGAAUUGGAAUCUCCAAUGACAGAACGUUAUCGGAAACUAGAAAAUGAAAUGGAAAAAUACAGAACAGAAUAUAACAAACUUCGGUAUGAGCAUACUUUCCUGAAGUCGGAAUUUGAGCAUCAAAAAGAAGAACAUGAACAUGUUUUAGAGGAGGAGAAAAUAAAAUAUGAGGCAGAGAUUGCGAGGCUGGAGAAAGAUAAAGAAGAGCUCCAUAAUCAGCUGGUUAGCGUUGAUCCCACGAGGGACAGUAAACGUGUGGAGGUCCUCUCCAGAGAAAAAGCACAACUGUGUCAGAAAUUAAAAGGCUUAGAAGCAGAAGUAGCUGAACUAAGAGCAGAAAGAGACAACUGUGGUGUACAAGCAGAAAGUGUCCAAAGGGUGCAAGUACGGCAGUUAGCUGAGCUGCAGAGUCUGGCAAGGUCUCUAGAGGCAGAAAAGAAGUCAGCUGAACAACACAUUAGUCGGAUUGAGGAAGAACUGCAGAUGUGUCGUGAGCAGAACUUUCUUUUAACUAGCAAACUCCAUAAAUCUGAACAAGAAGUCAAUUCCUUGGCUGCUAAAGUAGAAGAACUUAAACAGUCACACAAAUUAGAAGUGACAAAUGUCAAACUGGAGGCAGCAAGAACUAAGAAUGAAGUAGAAAGAGAGAGAAACAAGAUUCAAAGUGAAAUGGAUGGAUUGCUGUCAGACAAAGAAGUUCUUAAGGAAGCUGUUGAGCGUCAUAAAGUGCUUUUAGUAGAAAAGGAUCAAGAGUUGGUUCGUAAAGUGCAAGCUGCCAAAGAGGAAGUUUUUGGAAAAAUUGCAGCCUUACAGGAUGAAAAGUUAGAACUGGAGAGCAGAUUAGCUCAUGUGGAGAAGGCAAAGUUGGAACAGGAUGCUUGGAGACAAACUGAAAAGGAUCAGUACGAAGAGAAGCUACGUGUGGUGCAGCUGGCAGAAGAAUCUAGCAAAAGGGAACUUCAGUGCCUGCGAUUAAAAAUUCAACAGCAAGCUAUUCAGACAGAGGAGCUCGAGGAAAAGAAACGUGAGAGAGAUGAUCUAAAACAGCAAAUUCAAGACAUGCAACUCCAAGUGGCUUCACUUUCUCGGUCAGAAAAUGAUUUGCUGGAAUAUAAUCAGAAGUUGAAGGAAACAGUAGAAAGAUUGAGACAAGAAUGUCAAAAUGCAAGAAGUCAGGCAGAAAAAGCCCAACUGGAAACAGAGAAGGCUUUAGAAUACAGGCGCAUGGAGUGGCUGGAGGAGAAGCAUCUGCUUACUCAGCGCGUGACAGAGAAGGAAGAGAAAUACAACGAGGUGAAGAACAAGCUGUGUCGAGCUGCAGUUGCUCAAAAAAAGAGAAAGACUCUCAAUGAUAAUAAACAAAGGAGGAUGCAAGAGAAACUGCAACUUUUGGAAGCCAAGAUAGAGGAACUAGAAAAAGAAAACCAGGUGUUAAAUAGGCAGAAUGUUUCCUAUGAAGAACACACACGUCUCCAGAGGAGACUGAAGGACUUGCAGCGCAGACACAACGAAUUCCGCAGUUUGAUUUUGAAUCCUGGCAUCCCAUCCCUGAACCCAGUCAGUGUAACAUCAGCAUCUGUCCCGCCUCCUGGGCCCGACGUGUCCUUCCUCCUCCUUCAGGAAGAACAGCAUCAGAGAGAGCUCUCCCUGCUUCGCAAGCGGCUGGAAGAUCUCGAAACCAGGCAGAGAAAGCAGCUGCAGGAGCUUGGGCCGGCUGGGGAGCGGCUCACAGCAGGAACACGCAGGGAGCUGGCGUCCAGCAGGGGAGCAGAGGGAGCUGCCGUGCAGAGCGAGGACUCUGCAUAAGGCGUGCAAUCUGUAGGUGCUGUUUGCAGUAGCUCCUCCUGGCUACGUGCUCUUAAUAUCCUCCAAAGCACGACUGUGCGUGCGGAGGUGCGGGAAAUACAUCCUGUGCAGUUUUGUGUUUUGAUCCGUUAGCAAACGGGAUGGUAUCGAAAUGAAAACGUUAUAACAGCAUUUUGAAAAUAUCUUUAUAGAAAUGCUAUACAAAUAUUUGGGAGUCAAGACACGAAAUAAACUACAUUUGUGAUAGUACUCCAGCUGCUGGAAUCCACGCCUGGAGCGGUGCUCCGAAAUUCCCAUGCAGACAGAUGGGGUGAAAUGGGUGCUCCUGACUUUGCUGUUGUCCAUGUGCCUCUUGGUUUUGUAACAUCAAGAAGCAACAAUUAGUUUUUAAAAAAAUACUGUUGUAGAGAUGAAGUGUAACAAAUUGCCUUCAGGUGAUGAAAACGUUAGUUUGUAUUUGUUGCCACUGUAGCUUGUUUUGUCAGCUACAAUAAAUUUAUUUAUUUAAGG